AUUCUAAAGUCAGAGGAAGGAAGUUGUGUGUAAUUGACUUGGAGGAAGGGGCUGUCACAAGUAGUGUCUCCGGGAAGCCCAGGUCAGUAGGCCCGGAGAACUCGGCGCACCGACAACUGGACAGCCAUGGAAAAAAUGCCUUCUCCAGGGAAGGAGGAAGGAGAAGAAGGAGAGGAAGAGGAAGAAGAAGAGGAAGGGGCCGGUCCCGAAGGAGCCCUGGGGAAGAACCCAUUCCAGCUGACAGCUGAGGAUGUCUAUGAUAUCUCCUAUGUGGUGGGAAGGGACCUGAUGGCCAUCGCAGGGGACUCCAGGGACGUGGCCACCAGGGUCACCCAGCUCCAGUUUAAAAUCGUGCGUGUCCUGGAGAUGCUGGAGGCCCUGGUGAAUGAUUGCAAUGUGACAGUAGAAGAGCUCAGGAUGGAGAGGGACAGCCUUAGAAAGGAGGUGGAGGGGCUCAGGAGCGAGGGGCAGCCCCCAAACACGGAGGAGGUGAACCCAGGGACCAACAAAGUUGUAGUGGAUCUGACAGACCCCAACCGCCCCCGAUUUACGAUGCAGGAACUCCGGGACGUGCUGCAUGAGAGGAACAAGCUAAAAUCCCAGCUGCUGGUGGCUCAGGAAGAGCUCCAGUGCUACAAGAGUGGGCUCAUCCCACUGAAUAACAGCCAGCUGGCAAGAAGAGAUCCCCAAGCUCUCAUGACCAGCCCCUCGAGUUCAAAAGGAGGCAAACAGGAGAAAACCGUCAUCAGGAAGCUCUUCUCUUUCAGGUCAGGGAAGCGGACCUGAUCCUGAGCCCCAAGGCCUGCGCUGAAGACCUGGAAUGCCUUUAUUAUGCCAUGUGUAGAUAAUCAGAUUUACUGACUUAUUUUCCCCUAAAAAAAUUGAGAAGAAAAUAUACAAUGUUUUUUCCCUCUGCUUAAUUUCCCCUUGACUCUCAGUUAAGAGAGACGAGGUGGGAAGAAAGAACACUGGAUUUUGAGUCAGAGGACCUGGGUUUGAACUUUACCUUUGUGACUGAGGGCAAGGCAGUUCCCUCCCCGGGACCUCAGUUUCUCCAGCUGUAGGGUGAGGGACUUAGGCUAAGUGAUCCCUGUGGUCCCUUUCCACUUUAAAGUCCUAAAAGCCCAUCUGUCAUCAGACUCUGGAGGCCCCACACCCAGAAGGGUGGUCAGAGCAGUUAAAAUUGAACCAGUGGGCAGCUUAGAAUGAUGGAACAAGAUUUAACUCUGGAAUUAGAAACCUGGAUUCCGAUCCCGCCUUGUGGAGUCCGAGGAGCUGGGUUGAAACCCCACCCUCGGAGGCUUCGACCCUGCUUGACCUUCGGUGGGCCACUUACCUUUCUUACACCUCAGUUUCCUCACCCAUCAAAUGAUGGGCCUAUACCCCUGGACCUGUUUUGUCUCUAGAGAUGUGCUGAUGUGCUGUUGAUAGGUUUUUGGGUGCUCUGACCAAGUCUUCAGGGGUUCCAUUGGGAUAGAGAGUGACUCAAUGACAUCACCCCAGAAUUGACUGUUUGCUUCCACUUUUAAUGUAGAAGUGAAUUAAGAUCAACAGAUUCUUUUUAAACUCCUAGAGUGUGCAGAGGCCAAUGGUAGGCAUUAGGGAAAAGAAAAACUACAAAAGACAAUGGGCUGUGCUCUCAUGGUGCCAGCAGUGAAAAUUGUCACCUAAAAGGAGAAGAGGAAAAGGCCAUAUGAAAAGUUUAUAUAAAUGUCCUCUGCAUUUCACCAGUUGUAACCUCAUAGGACUUCAGGCUGGAAGGAACCACAGAAGUCAUCUUGUCCAACCCACUGAUUUUUACAGAUGAGGAGACUGAAGCCCAAAAUGUUGUUACACAGGCAGUAAGUGUUAGAGCAAGGAUUUGAACCCAGUACCUUGGACUUGAGAAUCGGUGCUCUUUUCCUCUUCACCACCAUGGUAUUGACUGCUCUAAUAACUUUCUUUGUAAGGUUUUGUACUGAGACAAAUAAAAUGACUUUUCUACCUUCUGUAA